AUGCCAGGAUUUUCUUUAAUACAUCUUCGUUAUCUUGUUAUUGAUGAAGCUGAUAGAAUAAUAGAUAAAUUCAAACAAGAUUGGUUAAAUGUUCUUGAUACUGUUAUUGGUUUAUCAAGUCAUUUAAAAAAUGAUUUUCAACCAUAUAUACUUAGUCAAUCAUCUUCUAAUCAUAAAAUCUAUCAAGAGUUAUUCUUUUCAGCAACAUUAACACAUAAUCCUGAAAUUUUACAACAAUUAAAUCUUUUUCGUCUGGUACUUUUUUUUACCAUUGUCAAUAUCGACAUCGAUUACAAUGCUUUCAAUUUUACUUGA